GCUCUGGCGCUGCUGUCUCACGACAGUCGCGGACGCAUUUACGGCAGAGCAGUGGCUGCGAGUGCGUGGGAAAGAGCUGCACGGAGAACUGUAGGGUGUGAGGUGUGAGGUGUGUAUAACGCAGACUCUGGUGUCACCUGCGCAGGUGAUGAGAUCGGCUCUGGCUGCUGUCGGAACGAUCAAACUGUGCUGUCUGUCGGUUCUGCUGGCUGUGUUGAUGCUGCCGGUGCUGCGGCGGCUGGGAUUGAGAGCGUUUUCGAUGGCGUCAGACUCGUAUUCGUCCGGCACACACUCCGCAGCCUUCGUCACCUGCCCCAAUGACACGGUGGCCAAAGAGCUGGCCAGAGGAAUUGUGGAGAAGAAGCUGGCGGCGUGUGUGAACAUCGUCCCACAGAUCACAUCCGUGUACGAGUGGCAGGGGAAGAUCGAGGAGGACAGUGAAGUUCUACUGAUGAUUAAAACAAGAAGUUCAAAGAUCCCUGCUCUUGCUGAAUAUGUCCGGUCAAAUCAUCCGUAUGAAGUGGCCGAGGUCAUCAGUUUACCCAUCGAUCAGGGAAACCCGCCGUAUCUCAAGUGGAUCGGAGACAUCGUGCCCGAGUGAAGCGGCGUCAUCGUACUGGAUCGCAGAUUGUGUUUUCAUCAUUUGAGUUCUGUUUUUCACAGCCAUAAAAUGUACUUUGCAACUGCAGGAAGAUUUUGUUCCAAAUGAACAGUUUGAUAUAACAGAGCCAGCUUUUGCAGCGUUUGAUCUGUAUUAAAAGAUUACAGUCAGCAAAAUGCAUUCGUUUGUGU